AAUUAAAAAAAGUUUUAUUUUUCUUAUAUUGGUACGAGAUUUUAUUGAUUGUUUUCUUUCAUACAAGAUUUUCGGCCAGACGGCGACUGAAAUUGCAAGUUUCUGUGAUAUAUUUAUUUUCAAUAAUUAACUAUUCUUAUCAACCAAUUAAAUGAGCAGGGAUAUCGAGUUAUGUCUAUAAGUAAUGGAAGGUACAGAACUGGGUGGCGACCAGCAAUUCUGUUUGAGAUGGAACAAUUUUCAAGCAAAUAUAACAUCUCAAUUCGAGGCACUGCGCGAUGAUGAGGACUUCGUGGAUGUCACCCUGGCAUGUGAGGGGCACAGGCUGGAGGCCCACAAAGUGGUUCUCUCCGCUUGUAGUCCAUAUUUCAAGGAAUUAUUUAAACACAACCCAUGCCCUCACCCAAUAAUAUUCAUGCGCGACUGCGAGGUGUCGCACGUGCGCGCCCUGCUCCAGUUCAUGUACGUGGGGCAGGUGAACAUUGCGCAGGCGCAGCUCAGCGCCUUCUUGCGCACAGCCGACGCCUUGCAGAUCCGCGGCCUCACAGACUGCUCUCAACACAACGAUAAAAAAGCAAAUCGCAAAUCUCCCCCUUCCCAGCUGCGCAAUCUACUUAGCGCUAAGCCGUCACAUUCUACCUCCUCCUCCAAAGCCGCAAGCCAAAAUGUCGAGUCAACCUCUGCUGACGAUCAAGACAAGAAUGCGAGUCGCCGCUCCGCGAGAAAUUCUCCCGACGUUGCCAGAAACAAUCUCAAUGAAGAAGCUCCUUUUCAACCUUCUAGUCAAAUGAGGCCUAAUAGCGAUGACUAUAGCGAAACAUGCAACUACCCUACUUUAAGGGUGAAAUCUGAUCUCGAAGCUGAAGUUAAAAAUGAAGAGAGUGACAUUCUUAUGGAUCCAGGAGAUUCCGAAAGAGCGGAGAAAACGCAGGACUUCAACGCCUCCGAUCUCCUGGAACCCAAGAUGGAAGUUGUGGAACAAGAUGCGAGCGACGAGGAGCGCUCUAGUUUCCCUCCUAUGUUUUAUGAGAACAAUAGUUUGGCUAACCCUUUCGCCGCCUUGCAAGGUAACAUGGAUCUCAUGACCGGGAUGAGCGCGGAACUUCGUGACGAGAACGCGGAAGCGGGCGGGACCGGCGCCGGCGCGGGCGGCGUGCGGUGCGGCGUGUGCGGCCGGCGGUACAGCAACGCGUCCAACCUGCGCCAGCACGUGCGCCUCAUCCACGAGGCGCAGCCGGUCGCGUGCGCCACGUGCGGCCGCAGCUUCAAGACGCCGCUGUACCUGCGCCGGCACACGCUGGCGCAGCACCCGCCCCGCCACCACAAGCCGCCGCCGCCGCUGCCCGCGCUGCGGCCCGCUCAGCGCUUCCCGCAGUAACGGCCGCACCGCGCGCUCUCUACCUAACGCGGACACGUCUAGCUAGAUACGGCUGCACUUCGCAAACACUUUAAUGCGAAGCUCUUAACGUACUGACGACGCGACUCGAUCCGGUGAUAUCUAGUUACUUGUGGUGAAAUAUAUAAAUUAUGUAUUUAUUAUUUCACCACAAAUAAAAAAUAAGACAAGAAGAUAGCACAUUAUAACAUUCCGCAUUUUGAAAGUACUUCAAAAAUUCUAUCUCACUACGCAACUGGGCUCGGUAAUAACAACACGACAUGAUUGGCCGAACAAAAUUAGUGUCGUGUCGGAAGUACGUUUAAUCUUACGAACGCUUUUGCACUUCAGCCUACCCACAAUUGCUUUAGUUCCGGGUAAUAUAUUAGAUUUAUAGCCGUUAAUUACUAUUUAAUCCGAAGGAAUUAAUGAACUUCUGUGUAAAGGAAUUCAAAUAAUCGUAGUCUAGCUAGAUGUCUGUCUGUGAUCGAUACCGACGGAGAGCACCGCCUUUUCUCUCAUCCUAUAGGCUAUUUUCUUGACUGAUCCGUUCCUGUUAUUAUUAACAAUAGUGUAUGAAUAAAAGCCUAGCUAGCAAGUCAUUAAUUUGCUUGAGUCGACCUGUAUUUUAUCUACUAUGUAAUGUUGACACAAAUGACAAAUUUUAAAAUGUAGAAGACCUGAUAUUGAUUUAUAAAAUCAAGCUUAACUUUGAUUUGUAAUUGUGAAGCCUUUCAAAAGCAUUGGUUAGUUUCACCUUUGAGGUCCAAUUAUUAUUUUUCUCUUAAUCAAAGUUUACACGUCUGUAUUGAUGUUAUUAAAAAAGUGCCCUAAUAAAGUCUAUUAGUUUACGCGUUAUUGGCUAGUUAACAGGCAUAACAUAUAUCUUUUUUUAGAGAGAAAAGCGGUGCCUUUGAUCAGGUAAUCGGUGGAUGUGGCUUAACGUCGUAACGAAGACUGUCAAUAGAUAUAUCUAGUCUGUGAUCGGAAUGUCGCCGGGGGCCUAUACGCCGUCACACCUCUCCGCUUAUUGCGUGCCUUUCGAUAAAUAUACAGAGUGCCAGAUUUUUCACUCCUUCACGAAACCCCCUUGUAACUUUUAGAAACCUACUUACUAAUGUAGCUACUAAUCUUUCAAUGAAACUUUGAAAUCGUGUGGAAUAAACACUUAAUUUAUGCAUUUAAAGGAAAAAAUACGGUGUCUUUAGAUUCGAGACUAUCUACCACAUUAAAUAGAUUUGAUUUCUGAUUCUAAAUAGUAAUAUUAACUCUACUUUGAAGUCAUUAAAAACAUUAAUCACUUUAUUUCUAAAAAUAUCCACUCAUCCUUAGACGAAACUGUAAAGGAAAAUUGGCAAGGGAUUCCCAUGGUUUAGUCAGCUAAUUCGACGAUAUUCAAUUUUACGCUGAGUCAUGCUCGGGAUUAUAGAUUCCGAACCCAGCCUUCUUUAUGACUAACAUUCAAUAUAACCAGAAUGCUGAAGUGUAGUUCUAAAUCAUCAUGUACAUAUUUCUAAACAACUUUACGAGUUACUAGGUACAGUCAGUAAAAGAGAGUAUUUCGCGCAAUAAAAACGGCGUCGAGCCUGCCAUGCUACGAAAGCAGGAAUCACCCUACCUCUAUGGACGCAGACUUGCAACUGUUAGUCUCUUCUAUAUGAUAUAAGUGGGUCUCGUGUUGGAGCAUGUAAAUACCUUCCUUUUUGACAAUAGACUGAUCGUUGUUGAUGCAUUUGUUGCGACCGGUGCUGAUUUACAAACCAUAGGUUAUUUACUGGUUACAUAUUUUACACAUACAUACUAUAUACAUUUUAUCCACAAAGCUCGGCGCUUUCCGUCGCACAUGCCAUAUCUAGAUGUAAGUAAUAAGCUGUAUUUUCAUAAUAGAUUGUAAUCGUUUUUUUUUUUUACUAAGUUGCGCCGGAAAGCGUCGACCACAACCGUUUCAUUUGUCGAAUGCGCGAACUUAUGUAACUCUGAUGAUACGUAAUUCGCGAUCAACAACAAUAGUGAUAUUUUUAUACAAAAUAGUUUUAUCUUUACACAGUUAUAUUGUUGCGUGAUUGGACGGCUCCCGGUCAUAGUUUGUACAAAAUCUCAGAUGUAAUGAAUGAAUAUUAAAUGUCUUCAAAGUCUUAUACAUAUAUAAUGAUGAAUACAUAAUAUUAGUUGUUUAAAUAUGAUAUUAGUUGUCGACGACUUUUAAUUAGGCCACUUGCCAUAAACCCACGUGCCCAGUGUUGGAUCGUUGAUCGAAUGUAACACUGAUAUAGAUUUUAAGGACGACAGUGUAACAUUGCUUUUUAUAUUCCUACAUUAUUUUCUUCAGACGUGGGAUGAUUCUUUGAUAAGUAUAAUAAAAAAUGGUUGCCAUGCUAAAAUACGUCUAGUCACUAAAAAGCAUUUUGAUGGGAGAUAUCGUAAAAGUACGAUUAGGGUUGUGAAUUACAAUAUUAGUUGUAUCAUUUGGAGUGUGUCGUAUUGGUGAUCUCAACUUGUUUCCGUGAUCUCAAAAUUUUCACUUCGCAUUUAUUGCCAAUGUUUAUUGUAAAAUUGAAAAUACGAAUCGAUAUUGAUUGCAAUAAUAUAAUUACUCUUUUAAUAAUCGCUUUAGUAUACAAAUAAGUAAUGUAUUUUGAAAGCACUUUGGACUUUCCUUAAAAUAAUUAAAUCCCACUAAUAAGUUAAGGCGCAGCUUUCAUUAUUGUAAUUUAAAAAUAAAACGAAAAUGUAAUAUUUGUAUAGGCGAAAUAAAAUCUCUUAACAUUUGCUGAAUGACAUUAGAAAUUUUAUAAAUAUCCUAGUUGUAAAAAUUGAACCGAAAUAAUAUCUGGAUCUAUUUUUAAAGAUUUUAUUUAAAUUUUAUGAUACAUGCAAGCUAACUUUUAUUUGAACAAUAGUCAUAUUAGAGGCAAACAUUAAUUCAAAUAAUAAAUAUGAAGUAAUGGACAUAUGGAGCAUAUGAAUUUUGCUUUAUAUAAAGAUAUUUAUCACAAACAUAUAGUAAAUCUGUUACGAUGCCAUGUUAAGUUUUUAUUUUAGUCAUACCUGUUAACAUUUUUAUAUACAAUCAAAUAUUUACAUAAUACACUCAGUAGGUUUAUAUCUGAUUUUUAAGUUUUGUAUAUUUUUUUCUUUUGGUAUAUCCAUCGCUUAAUGUACAUUACAUUUUAAUAC